AGGAGGAGGAGCCGCGGGGGCAGGAGCGCGCAGCUGAGCUGCGGGCCGGGCGGGCAGACGGGCAGACGCGCGGGGAGGCGGGGAAGGAGAGCCACGGGCUGAGCGCAGCCGAGCCGAGCCGAAGCCUGAGCCCGAGCCUGAGCCCGAGCAGCGGCCGCCGCGCCCGGCCCGGGGAUGCGGAGCUGAGCCUGCCGGUCCGGUCCCGUCCAGUCGCGUCCAAUCCCGUCCCGGCCCUUGCCGCCGCCUACGAGCAGCUCUCCGGGAUUGCAGGAGGUGCAGGUGCCAGAAUGAGCGGGCUUUUGAAGAGGAAGUUUGACCAGCUGGACGACGACACCUCGGCCUCCUCAGCCUCAUCGUCCUUCUCACGCUCCUGCUCGCCGACCUCGUCCUCUGAAUCCUCAGGCUGGGACUCUGAUGAGGAGUUCCACCCAGCUGCCUUUGUGCCCAGGGACCUCGUUGCUCCGUCCAUCCUCAAGAAGACGCGGCACUCGGCAGCGGGGAAUGUGACCUUCGCUGGGGUCACUGUCUUCUACUUCCCAAGAUGCCAGGGCUUCACCAGCGUGCCCAGCCGAGGAGGCUGCACCCUGGGCAUGGUGAGGCGGCACCAUAAAUGCUGCCACUUCACGCUGGAAGAGUUUGCACAGGAGCAGGCCCACUCACGGAAGGAGAAGCUCCGAAUGAGACUGCGGGAGGAGAAGCUGGAGGCCCUGAAGUGGAAGCUCAAGGCCAGUGGAAUGCAGGAGCCAGAGGAGAUGCCCCAGCUGCCAAUGGAGGAGGCUGACGUGGAGGUGACUGACGAGGAGCUGGACAGUGGGGCCUUCCUGCAGCCGUACUCGGCCCGCCAGCGGCGUAGACUUCUCCGGGCCAUGGGCGUGAGGAGGAUCGACCGGGAGGAGAAGCAGGAGCUCCAGGCCAUCCGGCUCUCUCGGGAAGACUGUGGCUGCAAAUGUCAGGACGUGUGUGACCCCGAGACCUGCAGCUGCAGUGUGGCUGGGAUCAAGUGCCAGAUGGACCACACGUCCUUCCCCUGUGGUUGUACCAAGGAUGGCUGUGGGAACCCGGAGGGCAGGGUGGAGUUUAACCAGGCCCGAGUGCAGACACACUCCCUCCACACCCUCACCAGGCUGGAACUUGAGAGCAGACAGGAGAGCUCAGGGUCCGAGGCUGAGCCGGGCCAGGGCUAUUCUGCUGCCUUUGCCUGCCUGGGGGACGAUGCUGAGCCCCUGGGGCCUCCCCCGCCAACCCCGACCUUUCCAUUCCCCCUGGGCAUGGAGAUUCUGGGGGACAGCAGUUGUAGCAGCGACAUGACCGACUCCUCAGCAUCCUCGGCCCCCAGCGAGGACCCCUCUGAGGGGAGGCCCUACGCAGUAGCCAGCCCCUCUGACAAGCGGCCGUCUGACCCGGAUGAUGACAGCCUGGCCCGGAUCCUGCAUUUUAGUGAUUCCAAUGCCCCAGAGGAGGAAGAUGAGGAAGAGGUGACAGAGGAAGGGGGCAUCCCCCCUGGCAUCGCCCAUUGCCAGGAUAACCUCAGCAGCUUCUCCUCCAUGGACCUCUUCAGCACAGCAUCCGAUGGCUACCCCAGCCACAUGGCCAGUGUCGUCUCCAACUGCCUAGAUGAGAACGCCAACCAGGAUGCCCUUUGCUACCUGGAUGGCCUCCCUGGCCGGCCAGCUGCAGGCAGUGGCUCCUGCUGUCCCCUCCCUCCCUCCACAGACAGUUGUAAGAGUUACACAGACCUAAGCCUGUCCUCUUCGGAUUCCCUGGAUCUAUUCCAGUCCUUCUCUGACUAUAGCCUGGGUCCCCUUUACCCCUCGCCCAAGGACUCGGAGAAUGGGGACAAUCUCUCUGUGCCACAGGCCGCCUUCUCCCCCUCCAGUGACCCCACUGCCUGCUUUCUGGAAUCCCUCAUUGGCCUGUCAGAGCCAGUCCCGGAGAUGCCUGUCCCCUUCUCAGACAACCAGCUGCUGGAGGAUGCCAUUAAGUCCUCCCUCAUGGAAAUGGUGAAGGUCUAAGAGGGCCUGGGGUGGCUGAGGGACCUUGAGGCAGGGACAUCGGCAUUGUCACUCAGGGACUAACAGAGCUCUGUCGGAGCCGAGCUGACUGUAUGUCUGUGGCUUGGGCGAAUGGUCUGUACCUGUCCCUACAGGCUGUUUGUGUGAUCCUGCAAGGCUGACGAGGCAGACCUCUUACCUAUUUAUUGAAAACUGAAGGGACAGGAGUGGCCACUAGAGCCUAAAAUAAUAUAAGUCUUAUUUAAACUGAUCGUACGUACCUCAGAUGUAUUAGGCGGACGGCACAGUCCCAUUAUUUUUGUAUUAGGAUACAUCUGUAUUUAUUAUUUUUGUCUCAUGCUCUGUACAGAGGAGAGCAUUGGAGGUUUUUGGCAUGAACUGAGCAAGGUACAGCGGGAGGACCCUGACCGACCGCUAAGAGCCCUGUGUCUGAGACUCCACGCCUCUUCGUUCCCCUCCAGCCAGUGAUUUUUAGACAAGAAAAGGCCUUUGAUUUAAACUUUGUGAGCUUUGCUGCCCCCAUUCUUAAAAUAGAGACUAAGAAACCUCCGGGGCUGAAUCAGCGACUUCUUCAGUCAGCUCACCCAGCCGUCAUUGUCAGGGCUGUCUCAAGGUCAUGGGCACCAUCUAGGCUCCGUGCACACAGGAAACUCCUCCUUUGGAAACUGAGUAAAGCUGAACAAAGCCCUUGUAAGUUAUUUCCUGUAAUUUAUUUAGAAAUUGACGAGGAUUGGCCCCGAGCCCCGAGAUGAUCGGCUCGCCUGUGGCUUGCCGGGGUCCAUCUGUCCUGCCAUCUGCCGCUGAGAGCUGAGUCGAUCUGGAGAAUCCAGAAUCUGGAGAGCUGCUUGCGCCUGGGAUGGGGACCCUCUGGGUUCCUGGGUGGCUGGGCUGCUCAGCCUUGGCGGGCAGUCCGUGUUUCAUAUAUGUGCUAGUAUGUUAUGAUCAGAAGGAUCAGCCUUGAAAGGAAACAAUCUCUCUGCCCCCCAAAUCCCUACCCCAACCAAGCAAGAGAAGUCAUUGCUGAGUUAGCUAUGGGAGACCCUUCCCAGAGAUCCUCCCCUUUGGAUUGGUCCCCUUCCCACUGAGCCCCCUGAGUUUGUUCCAGCCCCCCUUUUCUCUGUCCUUCCUUGGCCCACCUGUGACGUGACAAGGGGCCAGAGAAGAAGGGGAGUCUGGAAGGUCUGCUUUGUGAGAAAGGGACUGACCUGUGUGUGGAUCAGCUGGCCUAGGUUGGUGACCAGCCUAGCCUUCUCCAGCUAGCCCUCACACUCCCCCACCCUGGUAGAUUUACAUGAUUUUCAAAAUGUAAAAUAAACAUUUUUCCAGGCUGUAGCUCAUUUCUUCUGUUUGCCAAAAAUCAGUGUUUCCUUCCUUGGUUGGGUGCUCGGCAGUAGAUGGAAUGGGCAGGUUCUGCCCCUGCCCCAAAGGAGUUCUUGGGUAUCAGGAUCACUUGGGUCAGCUGUCCCCUGUAUAUAUGUCAUGAUUAUUUUGCUUAAAGGUACAAGUAAAGAAAAUGCUUUAUUUUUCACGA